CAGGUUUCCCCCAGUUAAUUCUUGCAUUUGGUGGAUACAAACCACCGCUCCCUUGGCGCCGCGCUUCCAGUUCAAGCUCUCUCUCACAUGGACAUCCCAAACGCACUGCUCGCGACAACUAGUCCCGACGCAAACCUCCGCAAGCAAGCAGAAGAUGCCUUGAACCAGGCUGUGAACGAAAAUGCCGGGCAGCUCAUGGUCACCCUUUCCCAAGCGCUUGCCGCCGAAGACUUCCCAACGCCCGGUCGCCAACAAGCUGGAUUGUUUCUGAAGAACAUCUUGGACGCUAAGGACUAUGCGCUGCAAGAACUGAAGAUCCAACAAUGGUACUCCCUUGCUGACGACAUCCGCGGCGCAAUCAAGCAGUUUGCAUUGGCAUCGCUGAAGUCGCCAGACACCGUCGCGGCCCACACUGCCGCCCAAGUCGUUGCCAAGAUUGGUUCGAUUGACGUUCCUCAAAAGCAAUGGCCCGACUUGUUGCGAAUUUUGGUGGAAAACGUGACGAGCGGUAUCGACUCUGUCAAGCACGCGUCGCUCGAGACGCUUGGGUACUUGUGCGAAGGGCUCGAUGAAGAUUCAUUGGAGGAGUCGGAAUCCAACCAGAUUCUGACCGCGAUCGUCGACGGCAUCCGCAGGGAAAAUCCCGACAAGAUUCGCCUGUCUGCCGUUAUUGCCCUCCGCAACAGCUUGGAAUUCGUCAACGAGAACUUUAGUCGCGACGCCGAGCGCACCCACAUCAUGACGGUGGUGUGCGAAGCGACGCAAUGCACUGACGUCCAAGUCCGCGUGCGCGCGUUUGAGUGCAUUGCCACGAUUGCCUCGCUGUACUACGAGUAUCUCGGCGAGUACAUGAGCGUCCUGUGCGAUUUGACUUUCAAGGCGGUGCAAUCCGACCAGGCCGAGGUGGGCCUCCAAUCUCUCGAAUUCUGGUCGUCCAUCUGCGACGUCGAACUUGAAUUCCUGGAGGAAGCCCGCUACGGCGACGCCUCCGUGGCUGCCGCAAACUUGAAGCGCUACGUCGAAACUGUGUUGCCGGUGCUUGUUCCCAUGCUAUUGAACACGUUGACCCAGCAAGAAGAGGACCAGUUCGAGGACGACACUUGGAACUUGUCGAUGGCUGGCGCCACGACCUUGACUUUGGCUGCUCAAGUUGUCGAAGACGCCAUCGUGAACCCCGUCAUGCAAUUUGUCACGUCGAACAUUCAAUCGACCAACUGGCACCAAAAGGAAGCGGCAAUCAUGGCGUUUGGCUCGAUUUUGGACGGCCCGCAGCACCAAACUAUCCAGCCGAUUGUCGAGAAUGCCAUGCCCGUGCUCAUCACGUGCAUGAAUGACCAGAACCCGCUUGUGCGCGACACAACGGCGUGGACCAUUGGGCGCAUUUGCGAGAUCCACGGCGUCGUCAUGGCGCGCUGCCUCGGGCCGCUCAUGCAGCUGAUUGUGGCUGGUUUGGACCAAGAGAACAAGGUGGCCGCGCACAUGUGCUAUGCAAUCCACUACAUUUUCCAAUCGUUCAGCGAACUUGACGAAGGCACGACGCCGCUCGACCCGUACUUUGGCCACGUCUUUGACAAGUGCUUGAUGACGUGCCAGCUCUCUUCGGAGGAGAACAUCCGCGUGUCGGCGUUUGAAGCCCUCGGCAUGAUGAUUCAACACGGGUCCCCCAACGCGACGCCGCACAUUUUGAGCCGCCUCACAAGCAUCCUCGAACAUCUUGAAGUCAACAUUGAAAAGCACAAGGCAAACCCGAGCUACGGCCAAGAGUUUUACGGCCUCUACACGUGUGUCUGUGACGUGCUCGUGGUUGUGAUCCAGCGCGUCGACAAUGACAUUCGCCCGUUUGCCGAUCGCAUCAUGCAGUGCCUCCUCAACAUCUUUAGCACUGGUCACACGACGUCAGGCGAAGAAGCGUUUUUGGCCACGGGGGCGCUGGCUGGCGCGAUCGAGUCGGAUUUCAAGAAGUACAUGACGCAGUUUUACCCCGUCUUGAUUGCGGGCCUGUCGAACGUCCAAGAGCAUGCCGUGUGCGCGUCGGCCGUCGGCGUCGUCGGCGACGUGUGCCGCGCCCUCGGGGCCGACGUGAAUGUUUACAUUCCUGAAAUCGUGAACCAACUGCUUGUGAUUUUGCGCUUCCCCAACUUGAACCGCACCGUGAAGCCCCCUGUGAUUGCCGUGUUUGGCGACAUUGGCCUCGCCAUCGAAGGCGAGUUUGAGCCGUACUUUCAACACGUGGUGGAAAUGCUACUCCAAGCCGCGCAAGCGUGCGUAGCGAUCCAAGUGGAUGACGAAGAUGCAGUCGACUACAUGAACCAACUUCGCGAGAGCAUCUUGGAAGCGUUUACAGGCAUCUUGCAAGGGCUGUCGUCGCACAGCAAGGGCCAUCUGAUGGUGCCCGCGCUCCAAGGCAUUGGCCAAUUCAUUGCCCUCCUCGCCAACGAAACGAACCGCAGCAACGGCGUCACCACCACGUGCGCUGGUUUAAUAGGCGACAUUGCGUCGAUCCUCGGUGUCCAAGCCAAGGUGCUGCUGAAAGAACAGUUUAUUCAGUCGCUGCUGCUGGACACGUCCCGCAUCAACGACGAUCAAGCCCAGAAUGUUGCCGGGUGGGCCAAACAGCUCGUGGACGAGACGCUGCGGCACUAAGGAUUUUGUGCGUGACUUGACUUUGUGUGCCUACGUUGAUGCUCGCCUAAUAGCCUGACGCUACCCCCUCUUUUCAACGGUCUAGCCCGCCCGUGUGGACGGCGGUGGCGAUGGAACACGAUGCUCCUGCUCGUGUCAUCGCUGCCACUGCACCCUGCGUGGCGCUUCGGACCCCCAACAUAUAUAGUUUGCCCUGACUAGUUUACCGAGCAACUGCCUGACGUAGUUGCUAACCCAUUUUAACGUGACCCGUGAUGUCGUCCGUUGUCUCCUUGGCUGGCACGCGUCCACACACACACCAGAGGAACUCAUCAUCGCACUCGUCCCGGAAGCGAGUGG